GAAAAAGAUAUAAAAGGAGCAACGCAUUUCUAUCUGUUUUGCCUUCUCUUCAUUAUUCAAACAUGUCCUCAAGCAUUAACUCUCGAAACCUUUGUGUUGUUACCAAUGGCGACUCUUACCCUGGCUACGUCUCUUCUUACCGUAUCCUCUGUGCUAUGAAAAAACGUGAAGAUAGAUUUUCCAAUGAGUGCAAGCUUCGUGUUCUCUGCCGUGACAAAGAAAGCCAUAGAAUGCGUCUUCUCAAAGAAAUGGGCGCUGAAGUAAUCAAGGUUGACUACCGUGAUGAAAACAAGCUGCGUGAAAUGAUGAAGGAUGCCGCCCACGUCUGCCUUAUUCCUGAACACUCCAGAGAACUUGUUGAAGAAGCCCAAUGCGUGAUCAAGGCUGCUAAGCAUCAAGGUGUUGAACAUAUUAGUAUGCACUCAGUUGUUGGUUGUGACCGUGCUGGUGAGCAUAGCUCUGGCGAAGAACAAAAAUACCGUCAUCUUACUCAAUACUACCAAAUCGAAAAGAUGAUCAAGGAACAAUUUGGCAAUAACCACUGCAUCGUCCGUAUCUGUCUCUUUAAUCAAAUGUUCUAUUUUAUGGCUCCUCAAAUCGAAGGUGAAGGUAUCCUCGCCCUUCCUGUAAAGGAAGAUGCCAAGUGGGGCUGUAUUGACCUCAAUGACUGGGUAAAUGCUAUCUAUAAUUUGGCUCGCAAGCAACAUGAGAAGCGAGGAAGAAGCAUCGGUUUUACUGGUAAGAAGCAACUCUAUCAGUUCACACCUCAGCAUGUGAUAUCCUCCAAGGAAAUUGCCCGUGAAAUUAGUGAAGGCUUAGGAUCCCAGGAGCUUCGUUACAAGCACAUCCCUGACGACGAGAUGAGACAGUAUCUCCAAAAGAUGAGAGACGAUGAACGUUUCAGAGAAGAACCUAAGCAUGAAAAGGAACCCAAGUGGGAUCAAGAUGGUCCUUGGUCUUACCCUAUUGGCAAAUAUCUUAAUGAUCAUCUUAUUGAAUUGUUGCUUGAAUACUGGCGUAUGGCUAAUGAUGGAAAGCAAGAAAUUCAUACCAAUGACCUUAAGGAAGUACUAGAGACUGAGCCUCGUUCUGUAAAGGAUUACUUCCACAAGAACCGUAACCAGUUCAGAGAAUUCAAGUAAAUUCAACAAACGACCAAAGGAUAUUCUCAUCUUUCCUUGCCAUUCUCUAUCAAAAAAAAGUCAUCUUAUCUUUGAAUAAAUAUUGAUUUUACUUUAAAAAUACUCAUGUUUUAUAAAUGCGUGUGAAAAUCAAC